UAAUGCUCUCCCCUCCACCCUCCUCCCCCUCGCCGGCGCCGUUGAGCCGGUCCCACCACUCUCCGACGUCGAUCUAGCCACUUUCCCCAACGCCCAACCCUUCCGAACCAUGUCGAUAUUGAACCCAUUUCAGCUUCUAGAGCUGAAUCUAAUUUCCGCUCAGGAUUUGGCACCGGUGUCUCGUUCGAUGCGAACCUACGCCAUCGCCUGGGUUCAUCCUGACCGGAAACUCUCUACCCGUGUCGACACUCACGGCCACAACAACCCAACGUGGAACGACAAGUUCGUGUUCCGCGUUGACGACGAGUUCUUACAUUCCGACACAUCGGCGGUGAUGAUUGAAAUCUACGCCUUGCAUUGGUUUAAAGACAUUCAUGUUGGGACUGUUCGGAUUCUUGUUGGGAAUCUCUUCCCUACUCCGCCGCGAUUAAACCAGUUUAGUCAGCAGCCGCAAGUCGGGAUGCGGUUUGUUGCUUUACAGGUCCGGCGGCAGUCCGGGAGGCCGNAUCCACAUCGGAGAUGA